AAAUAAUAAAAAAUUAAUUGUUUCACAGAUAAGGUAUCAGCAAAUUAAAGAAAUAUCAUUCAGUCUAAUAAAGUGAAAAAGUGAAGAAAUAAAAAACUAGAGGUGACAAAAUUUUAUAUUUGAUAUUCAUAAUAUAAAAUAAAACUUAUGUUCAAGUAAAGCUGGAAUUCAACCAUCAAGUUUGGCCAAUAUUUGUAACACGUAUGUCUGGUCAAUUUUCCAUAAAUAAAUUUUAAAUAUCUUCACUAAAAGUGUGUGUACUUUUAAAUAUCUCACUUUUACAGUUUAAGUGAGAACGACGUUGGUUUUUAUGUAACAACUUUUAGUACAUUAACGCUAAAAGUUAAGUUAUUAAUUCCCUGAUGUGAAAUAUAUUUAAAUACUUAGUAAUAAUUUAUUAAGACAAGUGUGUGACGUAACUAGAGUGAUAAACGUUUUUGCUGUAAAUGUUUUUUAGUUUGCCAUCUGAUAAAAAAUAUACACACGGAUGUUAUAGCUGUGCUAGCUGAUAAAAACGUUUUAGAUAAUAAAUUUUUCAACACAAUAGACUUUAAAAUGAAGAUGGAGGCUGAUUUGAGGAAGGAGCAGUUGAAGAAGGCUACAGACAGGAUACAGCGUGAAAUUGAAGAGGUCACUGAGCGUGAGCACGAGUUGAGAAACGUCGGAAGUAUUAAAACAACAUCACACGAAACUGUUGAUUCUAAGGUUCGGCGGAUGCCACAAGCAUUAAUAUCGGGAAAGUUAAAACGCACUACGUCGACACCUCAGAUAUUGGAGCCUUCAGUUACGCUGACAUCAAUCAACAAUAAAAAUAGUAUCAAUAAUCAUCUCACACCCAAGAUGACUAAUGGAGUAAUAUCAGCACGUACAACGCCGACCCCGCUGAGGUUCGCUACCUCACCCAGUCAAAAAGGACUAAUGCACAGGUUCCUGGCAACACGCGGAAGGAUUUUCAACAAAAACUCAUCACUACCUGCCGAUUGUUUGUCACCACCUCCGACUCCAACAAUAGUUUUGAACCCUCAGAGCAUUCGUGCUCUGAGCAAAAGCUUGGAGGUGAGGAUAGAACCUGAUGACGAGCCGAAGAAACCACAGACCAGGAAAGGAUACGUUCCGGUUGAAGAGAAAAUUCAGAGAGAACUCAAUGAUAUGAAAGAACGAGAAAAUGAAUUAAGGUUGAUGAGGUCAAGGAUGCUGGCUAAAUCUCAGCCAAACCUGAUUGAAAUCGGCAAUGACAAUGAUUCAGAUAUUUACGAUGGUUCGAAUUCUCUAAGAAGUGGGACAUCCUCGAAUACACUUAAUGACGAUGACUCAGAUCGAGGAGAAAAUAGAGGUGGCAAACACAAACCAAAUCCACGUCGUCGUAGUACACUUAUUGCUCAGUGGGAAAAUCUUAUUGCCGCUAAUAAGGAGUCUCUGGAAAAUGGAAAUGAAAAUGAGAAUAAUGUUUAAGAAAUAAUUAAUUACUUUAUCAAUUAUUAAUUACUCAAUUAUUAAUAAUUUUUACCAAUAAUUUACGUUUAUAACUUACUUUAGUACUCAAGGGUAAAAAAAUUUCGGUAUUUUCUUCACGGAAAUUAUUGCAGUAUUAAAUUAUUCAAUUUUAAACAUAAUAUUCAAUUUCUUAGUAUCUGUUGGCUAAUAAUUAUAAAUUAUUAAAACGCUUCACUGUAAUGAGUAAUAAGUUAUGAAUUUUUAACAAGUUACAGAAACGAUAAAUUUAGUCUAGAGAAAUUAUUUACAAUCAAAAAUGUGUGCAAUGUCAACACAAGGCUUUGAAAUUAUUUUUAUAUAAACAUAUCGACAUUAAUUAGUUUUAAAUAUUCAAUAAUUAUUAUUAUUUAUAUUUAUAAGUUAUUUUAAUAAUUAAUAUUGAAACAUCUGUGUAAUUGUUUCAGCAAUUAAUUUUCAUAAUAAAAUAAUUUAAACAUAAAUUAUUUACUCAGGUUUCAUUUGUAGCCGUUAAUCGUAAUCAAACAAUAUAAUCGAUGUGUAAUUGGUCUUGCGGUUAGUAAAUAGAUUUAAUGAUUUAUUUGAAAAAUAUUAUCUUUAAAUAAUAAUAAUUAUAAUUCCCGCUAAGCAUGCGUAGAUUUGUUGGCAAGGGAAAAGCGCGUGGGCUGAAUAUACGCGUGCGCUCUUUCACCCGAUUAAAUUUCAAUUGAUAAAACUUUAUCAAAAAUACAACUUUUUAAUUAAUUGUACUACUGAAA